CGGGCCCCAUGCGCCUCCUGGGCCCGCUCCCGACCCGCUGACUCAGGGUGUUUCCUGGAGCCACGCCUGCCCAGCAUCGCUCGGACCACCUCCCUCCCCGCAGGACUGGGUCUGCGGAGCCACCGGAACGCCCCCACGCCGCGCCCUCCGGGCCAACGGACAGUCCCCGGGCCGCGCCCGCCGGCCCAGCAGGCGCAGCGGCCCAGGCCCCGCCCCGGGGAAGCCUUCCCUGAGAGGCGGCGGGCGGGCGCAGGGCGGACCCUCGCGGAGCACAGCAGGGGCGCGGGGCCAUGGCGGGGAUUGCGGCCAGGCUGCUGAGGGACCGCGAGGCGGCCGAAGGACUGGGUUCGCACGAGAGGGCCAUCAAGUACCUGAACGAGGACUACGAGGCGCUGCGCGCAGAGUGCCUGGAGGCCGGGGCGCUCUUCCAGGACCCCUCCUUCCCGGCCGCCCCUUCCUCCCUGGGCUUCAAGGAGUUGGGACCCUACUCUAGCAAGACCCAGGGCAUCGAGUGGAAGCGGCCCACGGAGAUCUGCGACGACCCCCAGUUUAUUGUUGGAGGGGCCACCCGCACGGACAUCUGCCAAGGAGCCCUGGGUGACUGCUGGCUGCUGGCAGCCAUCGCCUCCCUCACCUUAAAUGAAGAGAUCCUGGCUCGAGUUGUCCCCCUAAACCAGAGCUUUCAGGAGGACUAUGCAGGAAUCUUCCACUUCCAGUUCUGGCAGUAUGGCGAGUGGCUGGAGGUGGUGGUGGACGACCGGCUGCCCACCAAGAAUGGGGAGCUGCUCUUCGUGCACUCGGCCGAGGGCAGUGAGUUCUGGAGCGCGCUGCUGGAGAAGGCCUAUGCCAAGAUCAACGGGUGUUAUGAAGCACUCUCCGGGGGUGCCACCACCGAGGGCUUUGAGGACUUCACCGGAGGCAUUGCUGAGUGGUAUGAGCUGAGAAAGGCCCCUCCCAACCUGUUCCAGAUCAUCCAGAAGGCCCUGCAGAAAGGCUCUCUCCUGGGCUGCUCCAUUGAUAUCACCAGUGCUGCUGACUCGGAGGCUGUCACCUUCCAGAAGCUGGUGAAGGGGCACGCAUACUCGGUCACUGGCGCUGAGGAGGUUGAAAGUAGAGGAAGCCUGCAGAAGCUGGUCCGCAUCCGGAAUCCCUGGGGAGAGGUGGAGUGGACCGGGAGGUGGAAUGACAACUGCCCGAACUGGAACACCAUCGACCCAGAGGUGAGGGAGAGGCUGACCAGGCGGCAUGAGGAUGGAGAGUUCUGGAUGUCUUUUAGUGACUUCCUGCGGCACUAUUCCCGCCUGGAGAUCUGCAACCUGACCCCGGACACCCUUACCAGCGACUCCUACAAGAAGUGGAAACUGACCAAGAUGGAUGGGAGCUGGAGGCGGGGCUCCACUGCAGGAGGCUGCAGGAACUACCCUAAUACUUUCUGGAUGAAUCCUCAGUACCUGGUCAAGCUGGAGGAGGAGGACGAGGACCAGGAGAAUGGCGAGAGUGGCUGCACAUUCCUGGUGGGCCUCAUCCAGAAGCACCGGCGGCGGCAGAGGAAGAUGGGCGAGGACAUGCACACCAUCGGCUUCGGCAUCUAUGAGGUUCCAGAGGAGAUGACCGGCCAGACCAGUGUCCACCUCAGCAAGAACUUCUUCCUGACACACAGAGCCAGGGAGCGGUCGGACACCUUCAUCAACCUGCGUGAGGUGCUCAACCGCUUCAAGCUCCCUCCAGGGGAGUACAUCCUGGUUCCCUCCACCUUCGAGCCCAACAAGGAUGGGGAUUUCUGCAUCCGGGUCUUCUCUGAAAAGAAGGCUGACUACCAAAUUGUGGAUGAUGAGAUCGAGGCCGACCUUGAGGAGAUUGACAUCAGUGAGGAUGACAUCGAUGAUGGAUUCCGGAGGCUGUUUGUCCAGUUGGCAGGGGAGGUGCGUGUUCCCAAAAUCUCUGGAUGGGAGGGCCAGGUACAGCCAGGCCAUGGCUGCCUCCCUCCGCAGUUUGAGGAGGACAGGAUGGUGUCCCCACCGAAGCUGCCAGGCACCAAUGAAGUCACAGGGUCCUCAGAUGUACCAUCAAAGCCUCAUUGUUUGUCCACAGAUGAGAGUGACAGGCGGCUGCUGUGUUGGAGGGUGCAGACAGGACGCUUCCGCUGUGCAAAUUCUGCUGGGCAGGGCUGCUCCAGAAGUUUCCCAUCACGCUUGUUUUGUCAUCUAGGCCAAGAUAUCAAGUCAGAUGGCUUCAGCAUUGAGACCUGCAAAAUCAUGGUUGACAUGCUGGAUUCAGAUGGGAGCGGUAAGCUGGGGCUGAGGGAGUUCCACAUUCUGUGGAUGAAGAUUCAGAAGUAUCAAAAAAUUUACCGGGAAAUCGACGUGGACAGGUCUGGUACCAUGAACUCCUAUGAGAUGCGGAAAGCAUUAGAAGAAGCAGGGUUCAAGCUGCCCUGUCAGCUCCACCAAAUCAUUGUUGCCCGGUUUGCAGAUGACCAGCUCAUCAUCGACUUUGAUAAUUUUGUUCGGUGUUUGGUUCGACUGGAAACACUAUUCAGGAUAUUUAAGCAGCUGGACCCCGAGAACACUGGAACUAUAGAGCUGGACCUCAUCUCGUGGCUCUGUUUUUCAGUACUUUGAAGUUGUGACUCGUCUUCCUGAAGACUUCACAUGACAGUCAGCCAAGAACUAGGCUUUCACAGAGAAACUUUUUAUCCAGACCUUGAAAGUAUGGGAACAUUUGCUUAAAGUGAUAACAACUAUAGCUGAAAAUAAUAUUAUUUGAAAUAGCAAAACUUUAGAUAGCAGAGCAAAAGAUUUGCAUAUUAUUUUACUAAAACGCAGGUGAGCCACUUAAUCCUUGAUAAACUUAAAGCCUUAAAUCUAUAAAUAAUGUAUGCACUUUUAACUUUUACACACUUACUGUUUAUAGCAAUAUUAAGUCAGAAAAAGAUACAGGGAGUUGUUUAACAGCUGAGCAAACAUUAGACCAAACUCCUUGCUGGAAGUAUUUAAAGCAACUUAAAGUUCAAAGUCACAUCUGUGGCAUUUACCAAACAACCAGCCAGGGAUUACCGUAUCCCUUGAGCAGUGGAAAAUACGAUGCACCACCAGGUAACAUCAAGGCAGGAGGAGGCCAGGUGAGGAAGCACACCCGGCCCAUUUGGGUGAACAGGAGACAACUCCAGCUAAGGCUGGUUCGCCUAUCUCUCUGUGUCCUUCGGCACGUCUGGUCUGAAACAGUUAUAAAUGCUGCUGGACUUUGCUCCCUGGCUGCAGCAGGGCUUCGAGACCAGGCAUCUAGUUUGCAAGCCAAUUGCAGUAACAGACAAGCCCCACUUCUGGCCGCCUGCCUAGGAACCUCCUGGCUCUGCAGCCUCUGGCAUUUGUGCAUGCAGCUGGGGGCCUUACAAGGGAGCACCCGGUUCCCAUUCCCCUUACUUUGGGAGAAUGCCAGCAACAUCGUAGACACAUUGCCUUAUUGCCUUAUAUUCUUCCAGAUGUGCUGUUAAAUAAAGUUACCCAGGCAAUCGUA